AGGGCGGGCCCGGCCAGCUCGCGACCCCUCCCUGCGCAGCCCCCGGCCCGGGCUCGCCGACGGAGCCAGCGGCUCCUCGGGGCUGGGCAGGCCGGGAGCGCGUCGCCUGACUUGGCCCCUGAUGCCUUCUUCUUGCGGGUGCGGCUGGAGGAUACCGGGGAGAUGUUCCGGGUGACGAACUGCCACAGCGACAUGACCGUGCGGGAGCUCAAGGAGGAGCUGGACCUGAUGGUUGGCAUCCCCUUCAACCUGCAGCGGCUUCAGUACCUCGACCAAGGAGUUUUGAUGGAUGGUACUACGUUAAAGUUCCAUGAUGUUGUUCCUGGUGGAAUUAUUUCAUUAUGUAUCUGGCAUUAUGACGGAUGGACAGAGCUCGUUGUAGCGGCUGUGGAAGGGGAUCCCAGUAAGCUAUCCUGUGUCGGUGUCACUGAGGACUCCUUCUACCGAACUGCAAAUUCACAACAUUUUAAAGACGAGGAGUGGAGGCGGUGGACGUCUCAGAGGGCGUUCGUGGCGUUGUAUAUCACCUCGCACAGAGGCCACGCUGACGCGGCGCAGUACCUUCUAGAACAAGGAGCCAACUGCCUAGGCAGGUCCCCCCUGGGCAGGACACCCCUGCAUGUGGCUGCAGCCAUGGGCCGAUUGGACUGCAUAAGCCUUCUGCUCAAGUGGGGGGCCUUCAUCCACGACAAAGACGCCAGCGGGGAGACCCCCACCUCCAUCGCCUGCCGCCUGAACCGCAAGCAGAGCGUGCGGCGGAUGUUCCUUCUCCACUGGCUGGCACAGGCCAGGGCAAGGGACCCAAACAACGUGGCCAUGAAGAACGUUUUUCAGAAUGUCAAGUCUGGGUUUGGGCCCAAGAGGAAGACCCCAAAUUAG